AAUAUUUUCUUAUUUUAUUAAAAUAUAACUUAAAAUAAAAUAAAUCUAAAAAGGAGUUUUUAAUAAAUUAAUAAUUCUAUAAAUUAAUAAAAUAUCAAAAUCUCAACAUUAUUAAUUUAUAAAAAUUUACUGUGUAUAUAUAUAUAUAUGUAUCUAAAUUCGAUGCUUAUAAUGUGACAAAGAUUUCAAGACUGCAAGAAAAUUAAUAGAGUGUAUAACUAUAGUAACAAAGACCUCUACAAAAAUCAUCUUCUCAAGCUAUUUCAUGUGCUCCGUGGUUUUAUUUUUCAUUUUAUAUGUGUUGUUUGUUGUGCUUUCAUUAUUAUGCAUGUAUUUGUGUAAUUUUUUUACAAUCUAAUUAAUAAAAAUUAUGUUGUUAAAAAAACCCUAAAUCUUUAAGUUACAUCUCCAACCAACAUCUUCACAACUUCCAUAAAUGACAAGUUAUAAGAAAGAUAACAAUUAAAUGAAAUCUAAAGAACGUCAAAGCCACCAUCUGUCGACCAUAUAUGUGAGGUGCACGUGCAUUGACGGACCGUGAAUAAGAGACUCUCUCUUGGUCAAGCGGACAAGCACCACUCAGCACAGACCACACACAAGCCUUCUCUCUAACUUGGCCGCCUUUAUUUUUAAUUCAUUACUUAACGAUUCCUAACUAUAUUUAGUAACAACCCUCUUGCAUUAUAAUAUUAUUAAUUAGCUAUUCCUAAUCUCUCUCUCUCUUAAAGACAUUUUUCUCUAAGUAUCAGAUUAACUUUUGUAGGGUUUUUCUUUUCCGGCAAAAACAAUUUAUGUACCCUCCUCCUCCUUCCUCCUCCAAGUCCACCGUUCCAGACGGCGGAGACGCCAACAACAAUGGAUAUGACUCAGCCGCUGGAGCUACCCGUGAUUUCUCCUCCCUCGGCUCUCAAAGCCACUAUAAUCCUCCGCGGCAGCAGCAGGAUCCUAACGUCGUCGGUCUCGGUGAUUGCUUCCCCGAUGAUCCAUCUAACAUUGGAUUCGAUCCCGGGGCUUCUUCUUCCUCUCCAUUGUUCCGACACAGAAGCUCCCCGGCUGGAUUCUAUGACCAACAUCUUCCCACUGUCAACGGUUUCUCUCUAGGGAGGCCAAACGGAGGAUACGGAGGAGGAGAGCGAGGGCCGUCGGGGUUGAAGCCGGAGCUGAGAUUCUCCGGCGGGAGUAGUAGUAGUAGUCAUCAAGAACGUAACUCUCUACAGCGAAUCUCGGAGGUCGAAGCAGCUGCGGCGGCUAUAAAAGGUGUCCCAUCGACGAGUAUGACUUUUGGAAAUGAUCACAACAAUUGGGACAACUCGUCUUCUCAUAUCAGUUUCACCAUUGAUGAACCCGGGAAACGGUCCAAGACCACCGACUUUUUCACCUUAGAAACACAGUUUAGUAUGCCGCAAACGUCUCUGGAAAUGGCGAGAAUGGAGAGUAUGAUGAACAUACCAGAGGAUUCGGUGCCUUGUAGGACUAGGGCCAAGCGUGGCUGCGCUACUCACCCGCGCAGCAUCGCUGAAAGGGAGCGAAGAACGAGAAUAAGCGGGAAGCUGAAGAAGCUACAAGAACUGGUGCCCAAUAUGGACAAACAAACGAGCUAUGCAGACAUGUUGGAUUUGGCGGUUGAGCAUAUCAAAGGUCUUCAACAACAAGUAGAGUCGCUGGAAAAGGGGAUGGAGAGAUGCACUUGUGGGGCAUGCAAGAAGCGAUGAUGAAAUGAUAUGAUGUGUUUCCAAACAUGAAGUAUAGAAGAGAAGAAAAGGAGACUAAGGAAUCAAUUCAACAGCAACAAAAAGAUUUUAAUUAUAUACUUGUGAUUUCGGAGGUCCAAAGAAAGUGACGGUGGUCUAUUAAUGAAGUCUUGUUUUGACACAUUCUCGAAGUCGUCACCAUAGUGACAACUGACAACUUAUAACAACUUCAAUUACUUAGAUCAAUCAAAAUUUAACCAAUAAAACAAAUUUGGUUAAUUUAACUUAGAACAUAAACUACUGGUUUUAAUGUGUGUGAUAUAGUAUUCAAUCCUACGUUUUCACCUGUA